UUUCACCGCAAAGGUCACGAAUAAUUGCGUUUUGUACUCUCAGUGUUCAUUGAUUGUCUGUCUGAUCAGCAUAUUCGUUCCUAAAACUUACCGGAGUUGACCAAUAACAUUAUAGAGUAGAUCAGGAAUUUCCGUAGGAGGUGAAAUAGGAUAUUUGAAACUGACCAACGAAUUUAAUAUCGAAAUUUGAUGUAAACCCUUUAUGUCGUACGAGGGACUCCAUACUUUAAGUUGACCGUUAUCCGUUAUAAGAAAAAAGCGUUUUGAUAUUUAUUUGCAACGACACUCAACCACGAAGUCUGAGGCAUAAGAGUGAUAUUGUGGAUGAAAUAAGUAAUAUUGCAACUGUUCGGCGACAUUUUAGUAAACAGACCUGCUAUGGAAAUGGAAACAUUUGAGACUCCCUUCCCAUACGGAUUGAUACAGGCAGACUAUGGUGUGAUAGUCUUUCCAAAUUCAUACAGCGAAUGGGACAUCAUUCGAAUUAGCAUUAGCAUCCGCGAAGAGGCAAAUUGGGCGGAAAAGAUGAAUGAUCCGACUGUCGUCGCUAGAUGGAAAGAUGAAAUAGCCAGCCCCAUGAGUCAGAGCGAGAGGAAAUUCGAAUAUGUUUUGGCCGAGCUGGGCCAUUAUUUGUCCAUCAGAGACGGUUCAAUUGAAGUCGCUGCUGUGGAUGGCACAUGGCAAUCAGAUGCGUUAAUCGAUGAUGCAUUACGAAACGAGUUUAUGGGAAGAGUCAGCAUUUUAGAAAACAUUCCGGAUUCAAAGAAGGAUUGGUGUCCAGGUUCAAACAAUCAAGUGUUAGAUUUGAUCAAUCCAUCGCUGUUUUGUUUUGUUGCUGGAAGGUCAAGAGUUACAUUAGAACCAAUGCCACCUUUUUGUGAUGAGAAACUACUGCAAUUCGCUGAUGACGACAAAUUUAUGUCUUUGGAUGAUGGAUCAAAAUUUGCUCUCAAACCAACGGCAUCCCUACCCACAUCAUCGGCGAAAUUCCAAUGGUUACCAGCCGAGUUUCAUGUUGACGAGUCAGGAGAAGUGAAAAUCACUUCCUACAUAAACAAUUUACACCCCGAAUGCCAUCCGACACUGUACCGAUGCAUCGAGAAAAUAUUCGAAAAAUUUGUGCCGAUGUUCAACAAAGUGCUGACCGACUUAAGAAAUCCUCGGAAAAAUCGAAUCAAGACCGAUUUUUACGAAAAUUUCGACUUUGGAGUAGAGAGAGAAGGUCAAGAUGCGACGCAACCGAUAAAAAUACACAGUUUUGAAUCACCACCGCCUCCCAAAAAAAUUGUUAAAUUAAACGGAAGAGAUCUGCAAGUCAUUGUUAAGCUUGCCAACAUUCAUCUUACUCCUGAUCGGCCAGAAUAUCCAGGCGGUUCAUGGCACGUCGAAGGAAUGGCUAAUGAAAGGAUUGUCGCAUCGGGAGUCUAUUACUAUUCAUCGAAUAACAUAACCGAAUCUCGCUUGAAUUUCCGACAUGCCGUCCAGGAUAAUUACUAUGAUCGGAACGAUCACGGACGAGUUUUCCAAGGACAAUACCAGGUUAUUGGUUCGAUUAUUACAAAAGAGGGCCGGUGCAUUGCUUUUCCGAACACUUUGCAACAUCAGGUGACUCCAUUUAAGCUUGAAGACCCAACCCGUGAUGGUCACCGAAAGUUUCUGGUGUUCUACUUAGUCGAUCCUUCGGUAAAAAUACUGUCAACGUCACAAGUGCCUCCGCAACAAAAAGCUUGGUACAAGCUAAGAAUUGAGAGCAAAAAAGUUGAUUUUCCUAUUGAGCUGGUUCGCAGAAUUGUUGAUUACAUGGAAUGGCCGAUGUCACUGGUAGAAGCCAAGCGACACAGAGAUGAAUUGAUAAACGAAAGGAACGAAUUUGCCAAAAAACCAAUCCAGGAAUAUUUUGCGCGUCCAUACUAUCAACCUGAUCCAUAAAAACGAGAACGAGAAUAUGGAGCUUUAGGGCAGAAUUCAAUUCAAACUCGUAGCGUACUCGUCUCAACGAGCCAAAGUGCAUUUUUUAUUAGGAAUAAAUGACGAAAUUAUCAAUUGAA